AUGUGUGCUGACCAAAAAGCCAAUGAGGAGGGAGUCUUGUGGCGGCGAAGAGGCGAUGGAUCCAUCGGUUGCAUAGGCCGGCAGAGUGCCGAGGAUGGGGAGGAGAUGAAGGAGGGAGAUAUGGAAUUGGGGGAGCUGUUCAUUAAUUGUCCUGAAAUUUCUAGCAUGCCAAGCUCUUCUAAAUCCCGAGUGAUACUAUCGAUUGGCAAUCAUCAUGACCAACCCGAUCAUUUCAGGAAGGAUCGCUUCAUGGAUGAUGCUAAUGGUUCAUGCAAAGGGAAGAAUUUAGAAUGUGUAUCAGGUUGUAGCGAAAGGAAUUUGAGGAGAAAAUUGGAUGAUGAGGAUGAUGGGAUAACUUGUUCACAAGAUGCUUGUUAUGCAGGUAGCCAAAGUAAGGCACAAAUUACAACCAGCAAGUGUGUGGAAGUUGAGGUUUCAACAGGCUCAAGUUCAAGUUCAAGUUCAGUAGAUAUUGCAAUUGAAUCUUCCAACCAUAUUUCUUUAGGUGCUCAUGAGGAUGCCCCUCUGUCUACCCAAGGAAGACUAGAGAGCAGGGAUGAUCUUCAUGAUCUUCAUGAUGUUCAGAAUAUAAGUACUAUCUCAGGGAGUAAUGUCAGGGAAGGUGGCUGUGUAGAGAGAGCAAGCAACAGCCUAUCAUCGGAUAGGACAAAUAAGGGAAGUUACACGAGUACAAAACUAACACAAGCAUCUAAGAUGCAAUGGCCAAAGUGGACAGUGUCUCACAUGUUGAGUUUGUCGAGCAUGGAGAAAGUGAUGAAUUAUUACCGUGUUUUGAAUUUGGCCGAUAACUUGAAAGAUGAGGAUCUACGUUGUUUCUUGGAGGAACAGCUUUCCAAGGAGAAAGCUGGGUUGUCAGAGACAACCAUUAUGAACCGUUUAAGAACAAGACUCCAUGUAUCGGAAACAGUGCGCGAACCCGAUAGUUGCAGCAUUUGCAUGAUUGAAUAUAAGGACCAAGACAAGAUUGCGAGUUUAUAUUACUGCUCUCAUGAAUAUCAUUCCGACUGCAUAAAGGAGUGGCUUCUGAAGAACAACCUUUGUCCGAUGUGUAGGGCACUAGCUAUAAUCCCAGAAGACUACCCCUGUUGGGAUGGUGAUGUGCGGUUACACCAAGCAUUCUUUGUGCAUUUGAAGCUUUCUGCUUGA